UCACGCGACGGCCUCCACCUCCCCCCCUUGCUGUCUACCUCCCAGCCGGCCUGGCGGGUGGGAGGUAAUAUAUUCGGACGGUGUCUGUGCAAGUAGCGACAGCGACUGCAGUCACGUCCAUUACCGCGAGCAUGGCAGAGUGUCACGCCCAGAAUAAAGCCAAACUCAUCUCUGAAACCCGACGGAGGUUCGAAGCUGAGUAUGUGACAGAUAAGCCAGAUAAAUAUGAUCCACGUGAUAUUGAAAGGCUACAGCAAGAUGAUAACUGGGUUGAAAAUUACUUAUUUUGGAGACAUAAUAUUGUAGAUGAAACUCUGAAAAUGCUUGAUGAGAGUUUUCAGUGGAGGAAAGAAAUGUCCGUCAAUGACCUGACUGAAUCCUCCAUUCCCAGAUGGUUAUUGGAACUUGGUGGUAUUUAUCUCCAUGGUUAUGACAAAGAAGGCAACAAGCUAUUCUGGAUCAGGGUGAAGUACCAUGUAAAAGACCCUAAAACCAUAUUGGACAAAAAGAAGCUUAUCGCAUUCUGGUUGGAACGUUAUGCUAAAAGAGAAAAUGGGAAACCUGUAACAGUGAUGUUUGACCUGUCAGAAACUGGAAUAAACAGCAUUGACAUGGACUUUGUACGCUUUAUCAUCAACUGCUUUAAGGUUUAUUACCCUAAAUACCUCUCAAAAAUGGUGAUCUUUGAUAUGCCUUGGAUCAUGAAUGCUGCUUUCAAAAUUGUGAAAUCCUGGCUUGGUGCAGAAGCAAUGAGUUUGCUGAAGUUUGCAAGUAAAAAUGAAGUCCAGGACCAUGUCAGUGUGGAAUAUCUGCCUCCCCACAUGGGUGGAACUGAUCCGUUUAGAUACAGCUAUCCACCACUAGUAGAUGAUGACUUCCAGACACCAUUGUGUGAAAAUGGGCCUAUUGCUAGCGAAGAUGAAGCUUCAAGUAAAGAAGAUAUAGAAAGUGAUGGCAAAGAAACCUUGGAGACAAUUCCUAAUGAAGAACAGACAGCUCUGAAAAAGAUUACCCUAACUGAACCUACUUCUAAAGCAGAAGAAAAUGAAAAAGUUGAUUCCAAAAUGAAAACUUUCAAGAAACCAUUGAGUGUGUUUAAAGGUCCCUUACUACACAUCAGCCCAGCAGAAGAACUGUAUUUUGGAAGUACAGAAUCUGGAGAGAAGAAGACUUUAAUAGUGCUGACAAAUGUAACUAAAAACAUAGUUGCAUUUAAGGUGAGAACAACUGCUCCAGAAAAAUACAGAGUCAAGCCAAGCAACAGUAGUUGUGACCCUGGUGCAUCAGUUGACAUAGUUGUGUCUCCCCAUGGGGGUUUAACAGUCUCUGCCCAAGAUCGUUUUCUGAUAAUGGCUGCAGAAAUGGAACAGUCAUCUGGCACAGGCCCAGCAGAAUUGACUCAGUUCUGGAAAGAAGUUCCCAGAAACAAAGUGAUGGAGCAUAGGUUAAGGUGCCAUAUUGUUGAGAGCAGUAAACCAACCACACUUACAUUAAAAGACAGUGCUUUCAACAUUUCUGAAAAAACCAGUGAAGACAUAUAUCUACAACUCAAUCGUUUACUAGAAAGCAAUAGGAAGCUCGAAGACCAAGUUCAGCACUGUAUCUGGUUCCAGCAGCUGCUGCUUUCCUUAACAAUGCUCUCGCUUGCUUUUAUCAUCUCUUUCUUCUAUUUGUUGUACAGUUAAACAAGUGGUACUCCAUAGGAAAUGUGGCUCUUUCACUCAUUAGUUGGAAUAAGUAAGACCCAGAACUUCUUUACCAUGCUACUAAGUGUCACACAUCUGUGCUUCCUCAAAGGAAAUGUGCAACACUUAGAGAACAGAUACAAGUCUUGAAAAUGAACGGUUAGAAAAAGCAAACACUGAAGAAAUAUGAGACUAUUGCUAGUUAGUAAAGUGAGUGAAGGCCUAUCUGUUAUGUAAAUUAAUGGCUUAGAUAUAAUUUAUUUUUUCCUUUUGAUUUAAAUACUUUCAAAGCUUAAGUUUUAUCAAUGUAUAUAUAGUAGCUGAACUGAAAAGAAUAAGUAACUUGCUUUGUUGCAGCCAAGAAAUGUAAUCUGCUUUUUUAAAUGACAGCGUUACUAUAGCUGAGCCAAGUUAUUAGCUUUUCUAUACCAUGUAUAUAGAAGACCAUGUAUAUUGAAAAGAACAUUACAGAGUAACUUCUGUAAUCAUGACUUUGUAAUUUUGAGAAUUUCUUCCGGAUGGUAGUCAAAAUUCUUUUGGAAUGUAAAACUAUUUAAUGCCAAACCACCUUUAGCCUUUGUUUCUUAUCAGUCUUCCUUAACAGCCUGCCAUUUAUUAAUCUCAAACUUUUUUAUGAACACUCUCAUUUAAGUAGAAUUUGGAAAAUGAACUUUGGUUGGGUUUUCUUUGGAUGCUGUUAGUAAUGUCCAGAAGGAAAAUCUCUUCAGUCACUUUCCAGUUGUCUUUAUGCAGUUUCAUGGUGUUCACUGUGGCUGACCACUGACGCUUUUGCUUCAUUCCUUAGAAAGCCGUGAUCCUCCGUUCCUUCACCCUCUUUUCUGUGUAAAAGUAGUUGAGAUUUUUUGAAAAGUUAGUUUUUGGUACAAUUCAUUUACAUUUCAGUUCCUUGUUAAAAUAAGCCAUGAGAAGGAAAUGUGGCAAAAGACUGGGUUAUCUAUAAGGUGGGAAAAAAAAGAAAAAUCAAAAUUCAAGUGUCAGUUCUCCAUGUAAGAGUGAAAAAGGUAACACGUGAUUGCCUCUAAAGCGCGCAGACCAGGGCUGAUUGACUUGCUUGACACUCCGCCUUUGUCGCAGUAAAACCAAGGACGGUCCUGAGAUUCCUAAAGUGACGUACUUUGCUGGAACAGAGGCUAAUGAAAUUAGUUUGUUCUCUCAUUAAUAUGAUCAGUUUCAGUCCAUGUUGGUUCACGUGUAAAUCUACUUUAUGAUAAUGAAAUAAAAAAUAGUCUGCCUAAAAAUAGUCUGUAAAACAAAUUUUGAGUUUUGAUUGAGCUAUUCUUUAAGAACUUUUUAUUCUGAGGUAUAGUGGUGGUGGCUUUCAUCUUGAGAAAUUGAUGAUUCUAAAAUUGAGUUAUGAAACAAUUGGCCUAGGAAAUAAAACCUUAAAAGGACACUGACCUGACACUCUUGUCUUAAUUUGGGUUUUUCUGUUUCAGUUUGCCAACUCCAGACGUGCAAGUGACUUCAGUCCACCCUAAGUACUAUCCCUACUAUCUUCCUGUGUGUGUACACAGCAGUGUGCCCCUAAUAUGUUACAUUCCUGGCUUUAAUGUCCUCUAAUCCUAAAGUAUUUUUGUAUGUUUUUUGUUCCUUAGCAAAUACAUAAGUAAUCAGUCAAAAUGGGAAAAGCGUUGUCCUAACAGUGUCCCUUUAAUGUUUCAUAUGAAAAUUACAUUGACUCCCUAAAAUGUUCUUCCCUGAUGUACAGUUGAAUUUAGUAACAUAUCUUGUUAAUGUGUGUGUAUCUACUAAUUGUGUCUAAGCAAAACUACUGAAAUUUAACUAUGAAAUCAAAGGUAUCUAAAAUUUUAUCUUGAUGAAUCAUCUGUUUACAUUUGAUUUUAUUCUGUCUUCAUUUUAUUUAAUUACUUGUAUGAUUAUUUUUGGCAGUCUGUAACUAAUUUUACUUUUAAUCAGGUCAUUACCUGUUUAUGACCAAAUUACCAAGGACCAACAUUUAGAUUGUUUUCACUUAAGAAUGGAAACUACUAUUUCAUGAAUACAUAACAAAAUAUCAUUAGCAUGAUCUACAAGUUGCCUAAAAUUGCAAUUGCUGGUAAACCUAGCCUCAAAUUUCAUAAUACCAAACUUUUUAUAUCUUGCCACUAAUUUUGACUGGAUUUAAUAGCACUUUAUUGUACAAUUGCAAAAGAAUAUAUUCCUAGAAUUGUUGCCAG